AUGGCAUUAACCAAUCCAAGACCUCUUCAGAUUCCUGCGUUGCAGAACGAGAUAUUGCACAAUACUGCCUCGCCGGUGUUUCAAGCUAGCUCUUUGGUUUUCAACCCAAAGAACGAUGUUAGUGGUUUUCCCAAUACUCCGACGUCUGAGGGAUCGCCUAGCGAUACGGGAAAAGCUAGGAAAGAAGGGUCUGUCACCCCGAAGAAGGAUUCACUCACUUUAGAAAUAUCGAAAAUUAUUCCAGUCACGGGCGAGAGGCCAAUGCCUGAAGAGAGAACCGCGCCGCUCGAUGACGACGUUCUCUAUGCGGUGUUUGUUAUAUUAUGGGAAAAGGAUCCAGAGUUGCAGGGUAUGACGGUGAAACAAUUAUCAGAUCACCUAUUGGAGAAGCAUCCCGAGAUGUCGAAUCUUUCGACCAAGCUAUCGAAUUUAAUCUCUGCUAAGCUGAAUGCCUACGUCAAAAAGCUAGAGAAGGGCGAGAAAACUUUGACUUACGCUCUCUCAAGGGAAUGGUCAAAUUCCUCUCCCAGGAGAAUGGUAUACGUCUACAGAGGUAUACUUUCGCCAGAUUACAAGAAGCAUGCACAUGCCGCUGCUGUUCACAUGAAACAGCAGCAGGGCUCAAAGGACGGGAAAAACGCGUCAGAUAACGAUCUGAAGAGAAACAGCACAGGGUUCUCGGACGUAGGUCCGGACGGCAACAAGCAGGGCAGCGGGGCCGCAAACUUGGGAUUCUCACUGAGCCCUGAAUUCAAGAUCCCAUAUGCUACAUCACCUGUCUCAGCUAUCCUAACACCUAGCUCCACAGGGGAUGGUUCCGCUGGCGAUCAUCUAACAGAUAAGAAAAGGUCGCGCAUGGAUGGCGACGACACAGGUUCGUUCACAGUCAAUUCCAAGAAAACGAAGAUCGAUAGUAAUGAUCAACAUACCGAAUCCAGUAAGACGGAUCCGAACCCCGUGGGGACAUACGUAACGGCUGCUGCUGCUGCCCCCAGGCUUUCGAAAUUCUCCUCGAAGAACUUCAAGGGAAACUCACAGAAUUCUGCCAGCCUCGUGGCCGCUAUCCAUAAAGUCUUCCUCACACAGACUCCAAUUGAUCCAAGACCGGUAGCGGCCGCUUCGCAUCCUAAGGAGCAAUCAUACGACCAUCAUUUUGGCUCCUGGAUUAAGACUGUCAGAGAAGGUUUUUUAAGUCAUGAUAUCGAGUCACCCGAGAAUCUGUCCAUGGAGGAGCUGGAGUGCAUUCUCGACUCGUAA